AGGAACGCCAAAGAUGCCUCUAAUAGAUUUCGAAUAGAUUGAUCGCUUAAUCAUAAUCAGCGUCUUUCUAAACCAUUUCAUUCAGUGGGUUCUUGUCAUUUGGUCCUUCGAUUCUCGACUGUUUAGUUGGAAUUUUUCGUUGUGGGGUGUUUUCAGGGUUAUGAGGUCGUGGUACUGUGUUAUUUGAUGAGGUCAUGUUGCUGACCUGAAUGUGAAGUUACGAUGAUAUGGCUCGAAGAUGGAUGGUGCAUCAUUUCUACAAUUAUAUUCCUAUUAGCACGAUCUUCCCAUGCUGAUAUAGCCCAAGUGGACCUUUUAGACAAAGCAGAACUUUACCCUUCACCCCCUGGAGUAACAAUAACCUCUGGAAGAUGUUUCAACGAGACACCAACAGCCGCUCCAUUGAACAGAUCCUACCGUUUUGAUAGCAGCUCUGAAGUGAUCCUGGGGGCAAAUGACACUUUUCCCGAAGGGUUUCCACAGAAUUUCUCCAUUCUGAUAUCAGCGAAAUUAGAAAAAGGUCAGACCACGUCUGUUUUCACCCUUUAUUCCGACGAGGGAGAGGAAGUUCUGUCCGUUAUCCUAGGGAGGGAAAUUACCCUCUUCUACGACGAUGACACUGGACCUGACGAUGGGAAUAUGAUCAGCUUCGGAGAAGAUACCGAUGAUGGGAAGUGGCAUCGAGUAGCAUUCAGCGUUAAAGGAGAUUCUGUCACAAUGAUACACAACUGCGAUAGUACGUCAACAAGGCCGCUAGUAAGAUCGAUGUCCUCAACAUUGACUACCUCAGGCAUAAUCACAAUAGCACAUGAACUGGCAGAGGAUAAUCAUUUCAGGGGAGAACUCGAACUUCUGAAGAUAGCCCCUGUUCCCGACGCAGCCUACGAUCUGUGUACGAUACACGCUCCAGAUUGCUCCUCGGGGAUAUCCAGUAAUUUGGAGGAUCGUUCCCAGGACGCCGGCUUGAAGUUCGCGUACAACUCGUCGGCGAAUGGAGCCAACGAGACCGAAAGAGAAAAGGACGGGGAUGGUGUAUUCGCAGUCACUCCAUCUAUGGAUCAAAUUCCAACAAGGCCGUCUGUAUUCGACAUACCAGAAAUUUCUGGUCCAACACCUUUUUAUUAUGACUACGAAGAAGGUGAUAUUGACACCACAAUAAGGACGAGCACUUUAACCAUCUAUCCCUCAAGUAACCCGGAUACAACUACUGUUGAAGAUUCUGAGGUGACGUCAGAAAAUUUCAACAAUUCAGGAGUAGAGACUACUACUAUGGGAACUGAAGCAAAUACUACUGAAGUUAAGACGACUACCGACCCUUACCAUGGUUACUACGACAACUAUUAUCCCAGUUACUAUGGUGCAAUUGGACCUAAAGGAGAUCCAGGAAGGGAUGGUAUUCCAGGAACUCCUGGGAUGCAAGGUCCCCCAGGUCAUAUAUUCUUGAUUCCGAUGAACGCGCAAGGAAACGAAAAAGGGCCAGAUUCACAAGCUGAAACUUUCCGACAAAUGCUGGCACAACACAUGAUGUCCAUGAGAGGAUCUGAAGGACCUAUGGGUUUGACAGGAACACCGGGUUUACAAGGACCCCCAGGUCCUGAGGGUGUUAAAGGAGAGCCAGGAGAUAUUGGGGAGAUGGGACCUCGAGGUAUCCAAGGACCACAGGGACCACCAGGACGUGAAGGACGCAGGGGACGUCCUGGGAGAGACGGCGAAAGGGGUAUAACAGGUCCCCCAGGUGACAAGGGCAUACAGGGCCCACCCGGUAUACCCGGCCUUCCCGGAGAGAAAGGCGACAGGGGAGAAACAGGAGCUGUAGGCCAACCAGGCCUUCCUGGACACGAUGGACAACAAGGUGAAGAAGGUCCUCCAGGUUUACCGGGACUUCCGGGAGAAAUGGGUCCCAGGGGAUUUUCAGGACCCCGAGGCAUACCUGGUUUACCUGGACCUCCAGGCAUCCCUGGAAGUGACGGACCCCCAGGUUCAAAAGGUAAUACGGGAGCUCCAGGUGAAUCAGGUUCCCCAGGACAAUCAGGACCUCCCGGGCCUGUUGGAUCGCCAGGUCCCGAAGGGCCAUUAGGACCACCUGGAGUCAUAGGACCUCCUGGGAAGCCUGGUUUCCCAGGUAUACCGGGUAUAGAUGGACCUCCGGGUCUUCCAGGUAAGCCAGGAGCACCUGGAAGCAAGGGGGACACUGGUUCGCAAGGUUUUCCUGGACCAAUUGGAUUUCCUGGGUCCAGGGGUUUCAAAGGGGACAUGGGCUUACGUGGAGCCUUCGGAGAGAAGGGGGAGAAAGGUGAUAGAGGGUUUGAGGGGGAGAAAGGAGAGCCUGGACCGAAAGGACCAGCAGGACCAGAUGGUCCUCCAGGUAUUCCAGGUUUAGAAGGCGUGGAAGGACCGAAGGGUAGUGAUGGGCCUCGUGGAGAAGCAGGAUCGAUGGGUCCUCCAGGGGAAAAAGGAAAUAUGGGACUUCCCGGCUUCCCCGGUUACUCUGGAGCCACUGGAGAGAAAGGGGAUAAAGGCUCAACGGGAAGAGUGGGACCUGCAGGCGAAAAGGGGGAGAGGGGAUUCACUGGAACGGCAGGAGAAAGAGGUGAAACUGGACCAAGAGGAUUCAGAGGACAAAGGGGUGGACGAGGCAUGCAUGGACAACCCGGACCCAAAGGCGAUACUGGCCAACCUGGUCCUGUUGGUCCCCCUGGAGAGAUGGGGGCCCAGGGACCAGAAGGACCCCGUGGAUUCAGCGGAGCUCCUGGGCCGAUGGGUCAGAAUGGGAAGAAUGGACCGCCAGGUCCCCCUGGAGAGCGUGGUUCACCAGGAGAACCAGGAAGCGUAGGUCCAGCAGGAGCACCGGGCGUCAUUGGACCACCAGGUACAACGGGAGAAGUAGGAGCAACAGGAGAAACAGGACCACCAGGGCCACCAGGUCCAUCUGGAGAACCUGGCAACCCUGGCGAAUCGGGUAAAGAGGGUCCUCCCGGUUUACCUGGACCAGAAGGAAAACCAGGUCUAACUGGACCAACUGGUCUACCAGGAUUUCCAGGCGAAAGAGGACAGAACGGAAUACCGGGUACACCUGGACUGAAAGGAGAUCAAGGCCCACCAGGUCUUCCGGGAACCAUUGGAGAUAAAGGACAACAAGGCGAGCCUGGUAAGGACGGCGCACCGGGUCCUGAAGGUAGGUUGGGUCCUCCAGGGCCCCCUGGACCAGGUGGUGCGAAAGGGGAGAGAGGUGAAGCCGGUCCCCCUGGUCCAACAGGUCGGGAUGGUUUUCCUGGAUUGAGGGGACUACCAGGAGGGCCGGGUCCUAUGGGACCACCUGGAGAAGAUGGUGAUAAGGGAGAUGUCGGACCACCGGGUGAAAAAGGGUUCAAAGGAUCAUCUGGAGAAGCUGGACCAGUAGGACAUCCGGGUCCUCAAGGUCCCAGAGGAGAACCUGGAGCUCCAGGACUGAAUGGCGAAAAAGGACCACCAGGGGAAAUCGGUAGACAAGGCCUUAAAGGCGAGGCUGGACCCUUAGGCCCUACUGGCCCAGCUGGGCCUCCAGGUUUACAAGGAUUACCAGGACCUCCUGGCUCGAAAGGUGAACACGGAGAUAUCGGUUUAAAAGGUCCUUUAGGACCUGCCGGACUUCCGGGUGAACCAGGGGUCAGAGGAGAAAAAGGUAUGGAUGGACCGGUUGGACCACCAGGUCCAGAGGGAGCCCAGGGGACGAAAGGAGAUUCAGGAUUACCAGGUGUUGAAGGACUACCAGGAGAACCCGGAAAAGAUGGUGAACGAGGUGCUCAAGGACAAAAGGGCGAAGACGGUAAAACGGGGCCUCAAGGGCCUCCUGGUGGUAGAGGGCUUCCUGGUCCUGAAGGUCCUAAGGGUAACGCUGGACCUCCAGGUUUUCCUGGUCCACCUGGAGAACCUGGUUUGUUAGGACCCAAGGGAGAACCUGGGACUAACGGGGAGGAUGGAAAACCAGGGGAGGCAGGGCCUUCUGGUGAAAGGGGGCCACCUGGGGAAAUGGGGCCUGUAGGUCCACCAGGAAAACCGGGAAUGGAAGGACCGGCUGGAGCUCAAGGAAAUCCAGGACCUGCCGGUGAGAAAGGAGAUAAAGGCAUGACAGGCGCACCGGGUCUUCAGGGUAUUCUUGGUCCCCAAGGCUUACCAGGCCCUCAAGGUUUGCCAGGUUUAAGAGGUCCUCCGGGAGUGGCGGGAGACAUUGGAGUACCUGGAAAUCCUGGAGUUCCAGGUGCAGUUGGUCAAAUAGGCGCCGCCGGUGAUAAGGGGCCAAAGGGUGAUACAGGUGGUGUUGGCCCCAAAGGACAUCAAGGUGAUAUGGGUCUACCAGGGGCCAAAGGUGACAUGGGAGAGAAAGGUGAAAGAGGACAGAAGGGUGACCCUGGACCUAUAGGACCAAAAGGAAACACCGGACCAGUCGGCCCUAUAGGCCUAAAGGGUAACGAUGGACCCCCAGGUUUACCUGGAAUGGAAGGUCCACCAGGUCCUAAAGGAUCAGAUGGUCAGACUGGAAUGAAAGGAGAGAUGGGCCCAUCUGGACCUCCAGGUCCACCUGGACCCCCGGCAGAAAUGCCAUUGCUACCACCUGAGGUUCUUUUCCAAAAUGAACUAGUUAGAAGAAGAAGAGAUCUGGAUAGUUUAAUAAAUGAUUACCAAGAGUCUGUCGAUACGGAUAAAAAUGACCUGCUUGAAGAAGAGAACGAUAAAAAUAUAGACGAUCAGAGUAGGAAAUUUUUAAGUAUGUACAACACAAUCUACAGCAUGCGCAGUGAUUUGGAAAGGUUCAGGAAGCCUCUAGGAACCAAAGAUAAUCCGGCUAAAUCCUGCAAAGAUCUGCAUUUCUCUCACCCUCAAUUCCAAGAUGGCUGGUAUUGGGUGGAUCCGAAUGCUGGAAUGAUAGACGAUGCCAUCCAUGUCUUUUGCAAUAUGACAGCUGAUGGUGAGACGUGUGUUUUUCCUGACAGCCACAGUAGCAAUAUGCCCAACAUCCCUUGGAGCAGACAGGGUAGUAAAAGCGAUUGGUAUUCAAAUUUGAGAGGAGGAUUCAGGAUAACCUACGAGAGUACAGGUAACGUACAACUGACAUUCCUCCGGCUAAGUUCAGAGAUUGGCUAUCAAAACUUCACCUACACGUGCAUCAACAGUGUGGCUUGGUUCAAUGAGAACGAUAAGAAGUACGACUUAUCCGUCAAAUUUAGGGGUUAUAAUGAGCAGGAGUUUUCGCAUAGAAAAAUAAAACCCGAUAUUUUGGAAGAUGGCUGCCAGAGUAGGAGAGAGAAAAGUCAGAGUAUCUUCGAAGUACGUACCACCAAGUUGUAUCAGCUGCCUCUUAUAGAUUUCUAUCCAAUGGACUACGGAGGACACGAUCAGGCCUUUGGAUUCACUGUAGGUCCGGUCUGUUUCAAAUAAAGCCAAAAAAAUGUUGAGAUAUUUCACGACAUCGAUACUCCUCUGUCAAAUUUUUUUGAAUUGUACGUUUUAACAAAGCAGAAAAAAUUAAAAAGAAACUUACUCACAACACUGUACAUUAUAUUGAUAAAUAUAAUAAUUACCUAACUGUUUAUUCACAUUGGAUAUUUUUGUACAAAUGAUAUAUUUAAUUUUAAUUUAUUAUAGGCACCUUUUUUAGUACUUAUUUCAUGUUUAUGUAUUUUAAGGAGUGAACCCUUCAGUCAGUUUUAGUGUUUUAGUUAAGUUUCGUUUUUAUCGAAUGUAAAUUGUAUAUGUAAGAAAUAUUAUGAUACUUUUGUGAUGAUGAAUUUAAAGAAACAAUAAAUUAAUUUAUAGUCCAUGGAA